AUGUAAAGGCAGCAACAAUAAGAAUCCAGUCUAUAAUAACGAUUAGGAUUUGUUUAAUAGUAUCACAAGAAUCAUCCCAAUACCUUCGAAUUGAAACCUCCUAAGGAAUACAAGACACUAUAGAACUUAAAGUAUAUUGAUAUGUUCAUCCAUAGUAGGAAGCCCAAAGAACUGGAAGAACAACCAAAGUCAUCCUUAAUGGAUAAUUUAAAUAGAAUUAACAAUCUCUACAAAGCUGCAUCUCAACCUAGAAUUGACGCCAAAGAAAUCAACCCACCUUAAUAUUUCUACAAUCAUAAAUAAGGGUGUUAAAAUCCACAACCAACUACUGGUAAGGCUAUUAAAGAGAACCAGAUUGUUAAGACCUUUUUGAAUAAUAAUGAACUCUCUUUGAAAGACUAUGACUUGUAAUCUACAAAAGGAAAUGCAUUUACUGCAAAGUCCACUUCUCCAAUUAAUUUCAGCGUUAAUAAAAGCCCAUUGAAUAAGGUCGCUCGAACUGACUCAGUUUUAGGCAGUAAAAAAACAAAUGAACCGGUGGUAACAUUCUUAAAAGGAGUAUAUUGA